AUGGAUGAUCCUCUUCAGCCUCAUCAUCACGACGAAGAAGAAAACGACCAAACUCAAUACAACAACGACACUGCACUCCAUCAAGAUGGAAUUCAGUUUGACGAAGAGGAUGAUGUACCACCUGUGGUGAGUCCGUUUAUUAAUCCAACCGAUCAUCAUGACACUGUUGAUCUGCCCACAACACAACAACAACACAUUACUCCCAAUUCCGAGGAUCAUGUAAUGCAAAAUCAUGAAGGAGAAGAGGACUUUUUGUUAAACGUCGAUGUAGUUCGGGAUUCUUCUUCAAGAGGUAGAAAUGGAAAAAAACCAGCAAGCGCUUCCACAUCGGAUGAAGAAGUUUAUACUUUCGAUGAUCACCAUGGAAAGGACUAUGUCUUGAAGAGCAUCAAAACAAGUGAAAGAAAGAAAAAGAACAAGUCCAAAUCCAUCAAAAUUCACAAAAUAUUGUGGAAAAGGAAUCAUGAAGCAAGGUACCCUCAAAUACAUUCCACCGACGGUGUGGAAAACAAAUCAGUAUUUGUUUAUUUAAUUAUGAGUGAAAUUGCAACUGAAAGCGAUAUUAUUGGAAUUACAGAACAAUUUGGACCAAUUUUAAUAGGUCUUGACAUUAGGAAUUGCAAUUUGUUAAAAAAAGCGAAAGCCCAACCACAAGUGAAAAAGAGAAAGGUGAAAAAAGAAGAGGACGAUAACGAAGAGAGUGGUGAAAAAGAAGAUUUUUCACACCCAGUUCUUCAAUCUAUUGCCUCCAACUGCCCUAAUUUAGAAAUUUUAAAGAUUGACGGAAACAAUUUUGAUUCUGAACACGUUGCAGCCAGCAAGUUGUUUGAAAAUUGUUUGAAAUUAAGAACAUAUUAUGGACCUUUGAGCUUUUCUUGCCUCGAUCCAAAAAACAAGUCUAUUUUAUCAAAAUUACAAAAGAUGAAAUUAGAACUGGACUCCCUUCCAAUUACUUUAGCAAGAGCUGUUGUAAAAAACACAAUGAGAGGACCCAAGAUUGUGAAAAUUAACAAAGAGACGUCCAUUCCAUACAAGGCGUUUCAAGAAUUUGGAGAGUAUGUGCACAAACUGGUCAUUGAUACAGCUAAAUAUUCAGGAUCGAAGGAAAAGCUACCAAAAAUAUUGAAGAAUACAUUUCCAGAAUUAGAAGAACUUCACAUUGCCAACGAGUCCACUAUCGAUUCGGCAGAUUUAAAAUUGAUUGGGAAGCUUACCCAACUAACAGUGUUAAAUUUUACACAUUUUGACACAGUGACAGAUCACAGUCUGGCUGCAAUUUUUCAGAAAUGUACACUCUUGAGAAAAAUAAUUUUGGAUAAUUGUUGGCAAAUUUCUGAUGAGGCGUUUACUCAUUUAAAACACCUUCCCAAUUUACAAUAUUUGGACAUUUCAAAUAUUCGAGUGACAAACUCAACUCUCAAAACUAUUGCCAAUAGCAUUUCUAGCGGAGAUUUAUUUACUCAUUUCAUAUCAGAGAAUAAUUACAACGCCACAGAUGAAGGUUUAAAGAUCUUAUUAGAGAAAUUUCCAAGCAUACAAUGCCUUAAUAUUAACAAUUGGGGCAAACUCACUGAUACCACUCUUGAAAACAUUGGAGUAUAUUUGAAACAACCCAAGCAUCUUGGGCUCAUGCAAGGAUCAAAGACAAAACCACGUUACACAUCGAAUGGCCUUAGAAAAGCUCUUCAAAGCAAGACCAUCGAAACUCUAACCAUUCAUUAUGUGGAAAAUAUUAACGACGCCAUGAUUGCAUUGUCAGAGUUAUGCCCAAAUCUCAAACGUUUUGGAAUGAGAGGAAAUGAGCACAUUACCGAUGACGCUCUUGAAGUCAUGUGUGAUGGUUGUAUUCAAUUAGAAAUUCUUGAUAUCAGUCAAUGUUCUCUACUCACCGAUGAAGCACUCAAUGCAGUCUCCAACUCUUUGAAAUCUUUAUUACAGAUUAAUAUUUCAUAUUGUGAUGAAAUGACUUGCGAUGGAAUUGAGGUCAUGCUGGAUGCUUGUUCACAUGUCACUCAUGUGCAUAUUAAGCCUGAUUUUCCAUACAUUGAACAAGCUCGAAUUCUCUUCAACGAGCACUCGAUUCGUUAUUCACAAGAAGUAUCCAUCCAUUUUUCAAAGUUGCAGUAG